AUGGAGCGAGCUCGCACGGAAAGCCCCAGCUACUUCCGUCAGUGGAGCGGCGAGUCAGGGACCACCAAUGCCAACGUCGCUCCUUCUUCUCCGGUUCGUCACCACCACGCUCGAUCCUCUUCCGUCACUGGUAUGUCGAACGUCAAACGAGCGCAGAACGUCGCCGCCAAAGCCGCAGCUCAGAGGCUUGCCAAAGUCAUGGCUUCACAGACUACCGACGACGACGAUGAAGACGAUGACGAUGUCGGUGGCGAUGACCUAGGUUUCCGCUACGGCGCUCCUCCUCCUCCUCUAUCCUUCACGAGAAAUAAUGCUUCUUCUGCUGCUAGACCUAAACCAGCUGCUUCCUCUGUUCUUCCUCCUCCCAAGAUCGCCAGAUCUUCCUCCCCUGCGUUAUCUCGGAACACUCCAGCAGUGUCUGUUAGAGCAUCACAACCGCCUGUCCCGCCAAGCAAACUGUCUCAAAGGAACCAAACUACCAAUCCAUCACCAGCUGGAACUCCUAAGAAUCAGCACACUGAAAAGAGGGUUUUAGCUGAUAUUGGGCAACUUAAUGCGAAAGAUCAGCAUGAAGCAUCUGCACUUCGUGAUGAACUGGAUAUGCUGCAAGAGGAGAAUGAGAGUAUUCUUGAAAAGCUUAGGCUUGAGGAUGAGAGAUGCAAGGAAGCAGAAGCCAGGGUGAGAGAGCUUGAAAAACAGGUAACUUCUCUGGGAGAAGGUGUAUCCUUGGAAGCUAAACUCCUGAGCAGAAAAGAAGCUGCUUUGCGUCAAAGAGAGGCGGCCCUUAAAGAUGCAAGGCAGAAUAGAGAUGACACUAGUAAGGAGACUAGUGCUCUUCGGUCUCAAGUAGAGAAUGCAAAACAAGAGACUGCAGCUGUAGUAGCACAGCUUCAAGGAGCUGAAUCUGAGGUCAACGCUCUACGGACAAUGACGCAUAGAAUGAUAUUGACCCAAAAAGAGAUGGAGGAAGUUGUUCUUAAGCGAUGCUGGCUAGCUCGGUAUUGGGGCUUAGCUGCCAGAUAUGGCAUAUGUUCGGAUAUCGCUACAACCAAGUACGAAUACUGGUCAUCUCUGGCACCUCUUCCUUUUGAAAUUGUGCUAUCAGCUGGGCAGAAGGCUAAGGAAGAAAGUUGGGAAAAAGAUUCUGAGGAGAAUGAUAAGAGGAGCCAGCUUGUUCAGGAUAUAAAUGAUCUAACAGGAGAGGGAAACAUUGAGAGUAUGCUCUCUGUGGAAAUGGGUCUAAAGGAGCUAACUUCUUUAAAGGUUGAAGUUGCCAUUACUAUCAUAUUAGCCCAGCUAAGGUUGGCUAUCACUUCUCGACAAUCUGAAUCCGGUGAGCUAAAAUCACCAGGUGGUCCUAAGGUUAUGGAGGCACUUGAACUGAGUCCAGAAGAGUCUGAAGAUAUUCUCUUCAAGGAGGCUUGGCUCACGUACUUUUGGAGAAGAGCACUGUCCCUAGGCAUAGAAGUAGACAUUGCGCGACAACGUCUUAGAUUCUGGAUCGGCAGGAGUGCACACUCUCCAUCUUCACAUGACGCCAUGGAAGUUGAGCAAGGGCUAACAGAGCUAAGAAAGCUUCGGAUAGAACGUAGAUUGUGGGAAGCCUCCAGGUCCAACCAGUAG